AUGUGCCUCGACUUCACGAGCCUUAACAAGGCUUGCCCUUGGGAUCCAUUCCCGCUGCCGCGCAUCGACCAGCUCGUGGACUCCACCAUAGAAUGUGACCUGCUGUGCUUCCUGGAUGAUUUCUCAGGCUACCACCACAUCAAGAUGGUGAUGGAGGAUGUUGAGAAGACAACCUUCAUUUCCCCGUGCGGCGUGUACUGCUACACCUGCAUGCCCUUUGGGCUGAGGAGCGCUGGUGCCACCUUCCAGGGAUUGAUGCACAUCAUGUUGGGGCCGGUGAGCUUGAGGGUCAACCCAAAUAAAUGUGUCUUUGGGGUUCCCUCGGGCAAGCUGCUCGGAUUCCUCGUCUCUCACCGAGGGAUCGAGGCCAAUCCCGAGAAAAUCAAGGCCAUUGAAAGGAUGCGCCCUUGUCUAACGCUCAAGGAGAUGCAGAAGCUGGCGGGGAGUGUGACUUCUGUCGGGCGCUUCAUCUCCAAGCUUGGCGAGCGCGCCCUAUCAUUCUUCAAGCUGAUGAAGUGGAAGGGUUCCUUCGAGUGGACCCCAAAGGCGGAUGAUGCCUUUGAAGACCUCAAGAGGUACCUCACACGCCCUCCCAUUAUGGUGGCAUCGCGGUCCCGUGAGCCCUUGGUGCUCUACCUGGAGGCUAGUCCGCAUUCGACCAGCGCCACGCUCGUAACAGUCCGGGAGGAGCGCAUCAGAAUCCAAGAGAGGCCUGAUGGCCCCCACGAGCCCUCGGUGCUACCAGAUGUCGCACCUGGGAUCCUCACGCCUCCGUCGCACCAGGGAUUCUCGCGCCUCCAUCGCUUGGCGGAGCACGGGUGCCCCUCGCGCCCCACCAAGAGCGGGUCGCCGCCGACGCCCCGUGUCUCGUCAAGCACCCUGCGCUACUCUAUCAAGGUUAUCUCCACGUGCCACCUGGAGAAGGUGAUGUGCAACCCCAAUGCCGUUGGUCGAUUGGCCGAGUGGAACGUCGAGCUGCAGGCCUUCCAAUUGGAGUUCUGCAGGACCAGGGUCAUCAAGGGGGCGACACUUGCCGACUUCAUGGGAGAGUGGAUGGAUACCCGUGACGGAGAGCCUGGUGAGGGUUGGUCCCUCUUGCCCGUAGACGAGGCGCCCACCUGUUGGGUCAUGCACUUCGAUGGCGCUUUCUCCAGGCAGGGCGCGGGAGAUGGCAUUGUGCUUGUUUACCCGGCCAAGGACAAGCUCUACUACACCAUGCAACUUUACUUACAGCAUGGCGAGAAGGUCUCCAAUAACAUUGUAGAAUACGAGGGCCUAAUCGCCGGCCUCAAGGCUGUCGCCGCUUUAGGGGUCAAGCGCCUCACCAUCAAGGGUGAUUCCGAGCUCAUCGUCAACUUCUCCAACAAAGACUACCGCUACCUCUACAUCGCCAUUGACAAAUUUACCAAGUGGGCAGAGGUGGAGCCCGUGCGCACCAUCUCCGCAGGCUUGGCCAUCAAGUUCAUUAUGGGCCUCGUGAGCCGGUUCGGCAUCCCCAACCGCAUCAUCACAGACAAUAGCUCCCAGUUCACGAGCGACCUCUUAGGGUCAUAUUGCUCUAACCUUGGAACGCAGGUAUGCUACGCCUCGGUGGCGCACCCAUGGAGCAACGGCCAUGCCGAGCGCGCCAACGCCGAGGUCCUCAAGGGCCUCAAGACUAGGAGCUUAAAGAAGAACCUUGAGGCUUGUGGCAGGGGCUGGCUCGAUGAGCUCAGGUCCUUGCUAUGGUCCAUCCACCACCUUGAUGAAGCCCACUGGCGACACUCAAUUCUUCCUCGUCUACAGGGCCGAGGCGGUCCUCCCGACUGA